AUGACAUUCGCAAAAUAUACAAUAGUUAUGUCAGUAUGUCUGUCUUCAACAAUUAAGUACCAACUAACAUGUUGCCCAACGAUUCACGAUGUUCCAUCGGAAAUCGAUGGUGCAACAUUCUUCGCUGUAUCAGAUACUUGUUUGCUUCUAAUCAAUAAUAGUGUUGAUCGUCUUCUCCUAUUCGACCUUUCAUUAUCCUCAUUGAAAACUCACGACAUCGACUGGCCAAGUGACACUCACGGAGCUAUUCGAGAUAUUUGUUGGGCAAAACAUAUCAAUUCAUUUUUAAUCCUAGGUGAAAAUGCUCUUUGUUCAUAUUCACCCAUCUCAAAACAACUAGUAAUUCAAUUACAAACGCCCUCAUCUAAUGAUCAGUUUUGGUCAUUGACCGUUCUUGGAUGUGAUGCUUUUGUUUUACAUCGAUGUGAUACUCUUUAUCGGUAUUGUUUACCAUCGUGGAUACUGACACGCACGUGGUCACGUGCAGAUUUAAUAUCUUCCGCUGAUCAAGAUCAGUACAUUGGACAAAUUCGUGCGCAUUCAUCGGCGGGCACAAUAGCAUUGUUAAUUCGGUUGAAACGAAAUCGUCAGUGGCGAAUUGAUCUGUUUGAUCGAACAAUGCGAAAACUGUUUUCCGGAGAAAUUAUUCGAAUGGCUUCAGCUUAUCCAAAACUACAACUUCAACCGUCUUGUGGACAGUAUGCACAAUGGACAUUAACGAAUGAAAAAUAUAUUUGGUCACUCAAUUCUAAAGCUCAUUUUCUAGAACGAUACACUAGAUAA